ACCCUGUGUAUAAAAUCAGUAUCGACCCUUGAUUGCCGACUUGACCGUCUGGCAGGUUUAUGCCCCAUUAGCAGCUUUAUUAAUGUAAGCAAAUAAUUAAAUAACCCUCGUUAACCAGAUUUAUGGUUAAUUUGUACAGGUUAUUUUUGAUACAUCCAUCGAAUAAAAGUUGCCUCAUUGCCCCAUACAGGUCCGUGAUUUACGUAAUUUUCCCUCAGCGUCCCCCACUUUACGGCAUAGCACGUUACCAAACUGGAGGUCAUGCGAACUGCUGCUUUUCAUUUGUACACAGUAGCCGGACACCAUAAUCAAACGAUUUAAGUGGGAAGAUAAUACUAUCGUACAUGUUCCGAUACACAAAUUUCAGCAAAAAAGUCAAGCUGUUAUUCAAUAUCUUUCCCUAAAUCGGCAUAUUGUGAAAUCGUUAGCCUUUUUGCUAACGUUAGCUAAGCUACAGCACCAGUCUCCUGGACCAGGAAACUCUUCAGAUCUUCCUCAGCCAUGGACAACAGCAACUCACAAGGGUCGGGGGGAUUCAAAGCCGGUCUGGGGAACCUCUUCGGAGGUGGUGCUCCUGAGUACUCCAACACGGAGCUUGCCGGCGUGCCAUUAACUGGAAUGAGUCCGCUGUCCCCCUACCUCAACGUCGACCCUCGUUACCUAGUGCAGGACACGGAUGAGUUCAUCCUGCCCACAGGCGCAAAUAAGACCAGAGGGAGGUUCGAAUUGGCCUUCUUCACUAUUGGGGGUUGCUGUAUUACAGGCGCUGCAUUUGGAACGAUAAAUGGGGUGAGGAUGGGACUGAAGGAGACCAGAGACAUGGCCUGGUCCAAACCUCGUAAUGUACAGAUUCUUAACAUUGUGACCAGGCAGGGUGCAUCAUGGGCCAACACACUAGGCUCUGUUGCGCUGCUGUACAGUGUGUUUGGUGUUGCCAUAGAGAAGGUCCGAGGAGCAGAGGACGACAUCAACACAGUGGCUGCUGGGACCCUCACUGGGAUGCUCUUCAAGUCAACCAGUGGCUUGAGGGGGGUAGCCCGGGGUGGCCUCGCCGGCCUGGCCCUGUCUGGAGCAUACGCCCUCUACAGCAACUGGGACAACAUCACCGGCUCCUCCUCUUCUUCCUCCAGGCUGUACUGAAGAUCCCAAUCUCGGCUUCAUCAUUACCCCUUCUUCCAUACUCCCACAUGACCUCCCCCCCGUUCACAGCUGUUAACCACAGGCCUCAGCAAGGAAUCAGACUCUGGUCAAUGGCGGUGUACUGUACAGGAAUGUGUGGGGUUUAAUGCUGGGCCCUCUGGUCCUCGGGUCCUUCCUAACGCACCGUCCAAUCCCCUACUACGGAGCCUUCCGGAUACACAGGAUCCAACUGAAAAUGGAGACUUUAUUGACUUUGAUGUGUGUGACUCUGAAUUCAGUUCGUCCCAUCCCCCACCGGAGUUUGGUCUGUGACCUUCAAAAUGGGUUCAAUGUUUCGUCUCGUAAACUAGGGCUGGAUGGGGUUUGUAAAAGUGUAUAUUAUUGUAUUUUAAAAUGGCCAAAUAUUAAUUGGAGUUGUGUUAGCCUUGGAACACUGACAUUUAAAAUCUGUAUCAUAUUCACAUUUAUUACAUCAGCAGAUAUAGUUUAUAAAGCAGGAUGGAAGCUGGAAAGCGACUUGGUACGUUUAUCCGUAGGGAAGUUUAAGUUAUUGUGACUUUAAUGUUGAACAUUCAUUGUUGGUCAAUGUGAACACUUCAACCUUUUGACCUCAUCAACUCCAUUACUGUCAUUAUUUCCCGGCUGAAUACCUCUCACCCAAUGCCAUGUUAAUGAACACAAAGUAUCAUCAUUAUAGUACCAACCUAUUAAUUAUCUGCAGUACUGUGGUAAUGAUCAGUUGCAGUUGAAAGAUUGAAAAUUCUACUGACUGCUGUAUUUGUAUGGCCUUUCCCGUCAGCCAUGUGAUGAAUACAAAUAAAGACUACACAAGUUCAACAGGA